ACCCUGCAGCCCGAUAAACAAAACAAAGCCACGGAUAUAACAACAAUCUGUUCGUAACUCUUGGUUUUAGCUGAAAUUAUUAAUUAAAAAGCCAUGAACUUAAAAUAUAAACGGCGGUAUGAGAGUUUAAAACGAUCCGUGAAGAGUUAUCUACUGGAGAACGCAGCCCUUACAGAUGAGAUCUGCCGCCUUCAGGCAGAGUUAUCUGUCACCAGAUCUCAGAGGCUAUACCUUAUAGAGAGGCUUAUGUUCCAUGAGGGUCUGGAGAAAUCCAAUAAUGGGCGUCCAAAUGUUUCGAAUGGAAAAGUAGACCCCACUGAUUCCCCUGGAGGCCCGAAGAAAAACAAACCAGUUGUUUUGUCAAAGAAACCAAGCGAAGACAAACCAAAAAAUGUGACUAUUAUACGAAAAAAGAAGCCCACGUUUCCGAUGAACUUAAAUAAUGUAUUACUGCACUCACUGGGUGAGAUUAUAUCAGUGAAUCCGAAUUUCCACACCGAUAGUUGGAUCUAUCCAGUGGGAUACGUUGCCACUCGAAUUUAUGCACAUCCCAAGGAUCCGCGUAAAAAAUGUGUAUUCACCUGCAAAAUUUUGAAUAACGCUGGGAUUCCCCAAUUUCAAAUAAUACCGGACAAUGAUCUGGAUGGAGUGUUCUUCGGAGAAAGCGCCAAUACUUGUCACAUGGAACUAUUAAACUCCAUUCAGAGAUCUCCCAGUGUAAAGGUUAAAAUACCCUUCGACGUGCAGGGUGAGGUCUUUUUCGGAUUGUCAAACCAGAAAACCCAAUCGCUUCUUAUGAUGGACCCGGGGUACCAUCUAUGUACAAAUUUCAAAGGGUUCGCAGUGCAAAAUGUUCAGUCAUUAAAUAGUGCAUCAUUAUCGUACGAGACACUCCAAGGGUUUUUGUCUUGAUAUUAGUUUUACUGUAACUUAAGUAUAAGAUUAUAAAAUGAUAAGAAUAAAAAUUAUAAUAAAACCUUUUUCACACAUA